AAGAUUCAUAUUUGCCUGUUGCCUAUGUUGUGCUUACUGUAGCAAGAGAAAUAUCAAUUAAAAUGGACAUAACCUGUGUCUGGAUGCGGAGUUGUUUUAAGAGAAAAUUAAUUGAUCGAUAAAUAGUUUAUCUUAUCUUAUGUAUUUGUACAUAAGAGCGCAAUUUAAUUGCGUAGUGUUUGGAUCAUUUGGAUGUAAUCGCCGCUACGUGUAUAAUAAAUUUCAAUUGCGAUGUUAGUUUCGAGGUUACUGGAGCAGAUCAACAAGAAGCUAUUUAAUGUUCAGAACAGGACGAGAAGAAGCGUACAGUCCGUAAAAGAUGUACUAUUCAGCGGCGGGAUUAUUAUUGUUAGUGCAAUCCUGAUCGUUUGGUCAUCUGUAUUUCUUUACACAGCAUUUUAUUAUACGUACGUGCCGAGCAUUUCGUACGUACGGCCAGUACACUUACAAUUCAAAUCAUGUAAUGAACAGAAGGGGAUAUGUAGCUUCCCAUCUGCACACGUACAGUUGACAAACAAACAGCAGUUGUUAAUGGUCGGACAGCCUUACAAAGUUAAUCUGCAUUUAGAAAUGCCCGAAUCACCAGCUAAUAAAGAACUUGGUAUGUUCAUGGUUUGUGCUGAAUUAAGGAGCAGAGAUGGCUUCCUUGUGCAACAUGCAUGUAGAUCUACCAUGCUACAUUAUCGUAGCACAUUGUUACAUACGCUCACGACACUCACGUUCUCUCCUACGAUGGUUUUUAGUAGUACAGAGGAAAAGCAAAAUAUAGUGCUUGAACUAUUCGGGAAUUUUGAGGAAGACCAAAAUCAUCCAGUUACAAUAAUUUACAUUGAAAUACAAUCAAGGCAUAUUGAAUUCUACUCGGCUACUCUUAUGAUAAAUGCACAUUUAUCUGGCCUACGUUAUUUAAUGUUCCAUUGGCCGAUAUUGUCUGCUAUCGUUGGCAUUGGCACAAAUUUGUUUUUCAUAGCACUUGUGUGCAUUCUUUCCUAUCUCCAUUUCCAUACUUAUGAGGACAUCAUCGGAGAUGAUGGGUUUAGUUACGAGGAAGAUAAGAAAGUUGAGAAAGAACAGGAAUACAAAAGAGAAUUGAAUGUAGAAGAGGAAGAAGAUCAGAAAAUUAGUAACGAGCAAACAUCAGAUUCAUCAUUGUCGGAUGAUCCUUUUAUAGUGCCACAUCUUGUCGAGGCUGAAGAAUCCCAUUCAUCAUAUAUCGAGUUACUGAAGUAAUUCCAUUGAGUUACACAUUGUUUAAAUACACAGUUUUAUUAAAGUGACCAAAUCUAAACUUCAAAAAUA